AUGGAGCUCAUCCAGGCCACCCAGCUGCCUCUGGAAGCCCUCACGGCUUCCUGGAGCAACAGCUCCAUCCCCCUCCACUCCUCGCUCCUCUCCACUCCUUCCCAACCGCUUCUCGGCUUCUCUCCGAGCGACGGCGCUUUCCUCUUCAUCAACGCCACCUGCCAGAACGGCACCAAACCGGACCCUGGAUCGCUCCCUGGCCUGGCUGGGAUCUUCAUCCCUCUCAUCUACGGCAUAGUGUGCGUCGUCGGCCUCGUGGGCAACACGCUGGUCAUCCACGUUAUCGUCAACUACACCAAGAACGAGUCGGUCACCAACAUCUACAUCCUCAACUUAGCCAUCGCGGACGAGCUCUUCAUGCUGGGUUUGCCCUUCCUGGCGGUGCAGAACGCUCUGCUCUCCUGGCCCUUUGGCUCUUUGAUGUGCCGCGUGGUCAUGACGGUGGACGCCAUCAACCAGUUCACCAGCAUCUUCUGCCUGACCGUGAUGUCGGUGGACCGCUACCUGGCUGUGGUGCACCCCAUCCGCUCCUUCUGGUGGAGGCGCCCCCGCGUGGCCAAGGCCAUCAGUGCCACGAUGUGGGCGGGCUCCUUCGUGGUAGUGCUGCCGGUGGUGGUGUUCGCCGACGUGCUGAAGGACGACGGGAACUGCAGCAUCGUGUGGCCCGAGCCGGCGGAGGUGUGGAAGACGUCCUUCAUCGUGUACACGUGCACCGUGGGCUUCUUCUGCCCCCUGCUGGUCAUCUGCAUGUGCUACCUGCUGAUCGUCAUCAAGGUGCGCAGCGUUGGAAAACGAGCACAGGCCACGUCGUCCCGCCGCAGGAAGUCGGAGCGUAAAAUCACCCGGAUGGUGGUGGUGGUGGUGGCCGUGUUCGUCCUCUGCUGGCUGCCGUUCUACGCUCUCAAUAUCGUCAACCUCCUGGUGGUUCUGCCCGGCGACUUCAGGGGGCUCUACUUUUUCGUUGUCGUGCUGUCGUACGCCAACAGCUGCGCCAACCCGAUUCUCUACGGGUUCCUGUCGGACAACUUCAAGAGGGGCUUCAGGAAGGCCCUGUGUGGAGCCUCGCGGAGAGUGAAGAGCAACGACAGGGCCGGCACGGAGGCACAGCGGCCGACGGAGGAGUGGGGGGGCAUCGUGCUCCAAGCGCAAAAAGGCCAAGUCCACGUGGGUCGGAGAGACCGCGGGGAAAAAGAAGAAGAGGAGGAGGAGGAGGAGGAGGAGGAGGUCAACGGGACAGGAGAGGCCAUACGGAUGAGUGAAAUAAGCAAAACGUCACAGAACGGAAACCACAAUGGAGCCGCGGAGGGUUCAAGGACUCACGUUCAGAGAGGAAAACCAGAGCCGGAUCACGAGGAAGGAUCCGGCCGUGAUGCUGCAGAGGAAGCCGAUAAAAGUAGAAACAGCAGAUCACAACCUGAGGAACGGCCGGUGCUCGAGAUCAGCUACCUGUAA